AAUUGCGGCCAAACCAAAUACACCAAUUUCAUCAUUACUACGCCAUACGAUCACCGAUAGAUCAGCUCAUUAAAGGGACAGACGUGCUUUUGAAUCGACCCACUGUGAUUACAAAGACCUCAGCUUACUGCAUACGCAGAGGUGCUUUGAAAUCACGAUAGUAUGUUAGAAAUAAAUAAAUAAACAGUAUUCUGAUUAGAGGCAACUGCAGAUCAGCUCUUUUCAACGGCUCUCGUCCAACUGGAAAAAAAUCCUUAGUAACAACCCCUCAUACGCCGCGAUGGUUGAUCAGAAACGCGUUGGUCUUGUUGGCCUAUCUGCCAAAGGAUCUUGGGCAGUCGCAGCACACCUGCCAUACUUGCAGCAGUCAUCUCACUACAAAAUCACAGCACUCCAAAACAGCUCAAAGGCGUCCGCAGAUGAGGCUGCUAAGCAGUACUCUCUGGAUGGAGUGACUACGCACGGGAACCCCUCUAGCCUCGCGUCAGAUCCUAAUGUAGACAUCGUGGCCGUCAGUGUCAACGUUCCUGAACAUUAUGGCCUGAUCAUCCCUGCUCUUGAAGCUGGAAAGGACGUGUUCUCUGAGUGGCCACUUGCUCGCAAUCUUGCCGACGCUGAAAAAAUGGUUCAGCUAGCGAAAGAAAAGGGCGUCCGAACCAUGGUUGGUCUACAAGCCCGCCAGAGUCCGUCUAUCUUGAAAGCCAAAGAGAUCGUCUCCUCUGGAAAACUAGGAAGGAUUCUGAGUACAACACUAUAUGGUCAUGGAGGUCUUUUCGGCCCUACUAUCGUCGAGAAACUGGAGUACCUUCUUCCAAUAGAGUCUGGUGCAAAUCUCGUUACAAUUCCAUUUGGUCAUACUGUGGAUGCAUUCUGCCACGUCCUGGGCGAGAUCAAGGACCUAUCCGCCACACUCGUUAACCUGCGUCCUGAAUUACAAGUCACAGACUCUGAAGGCAAGCCCUUGAGAACAGUCGCAAAAUCCGCGCACGACUACGUCAGCAUCAGUGGUUUCCUUGUCAACGGCGGCGGAGUAGUAGAUGUAACCUACGCUCCCGGUUACUCACGCACAAACCGCGACUUCUACUGGGAGAUCAUCGGUACCGAAGGUACACUUAUCCUGGAUGGUGAGGGACUGGGUGGAGCUAUGGCAGGCAAUAUUCAGACAUUCCAGCCCACGGUCAAGUUUGUGAAGGAGGACCACGCGUUCAGGAGUAUGGGAAGCGCGGUAGCACAGAAAGAGCCUGAAGUCAUUUACCCUGGCAAGACAGGUGAACUGGAUUUCAGUGUUGGUAAGGCUUGGGAGGCCUGGGCUGGUGCCGGACUGGAUGAGGGGUACAGUGUUACGACGUUCGAGGAUGCGCUUGUCAGGCACAGGAUGAUCGACGCUAUCUACCGCAGCGCAAAGCAGGGAACCAAGGAGAACUAUGUCUAGCAUCGAUAUUAGUGUCGAGGAUAGCGUAACUGAUUGUGCAACUUGUAUCUAGUUUCCGUUAUUUGGUAUCUACAUCUACCUUCUCCC